AUGCCGGCGCAUAAAGGGAUCAAACUGCAAAUAAUUUCGCAGUGGGAAUUGAAAAUGCACCCAGAGUUUCCGCAUCCAGAAAGUACUCAAUUCACAUUUCGAUCACCAAAAUUGGACAAAGAAGCUUUCGAAGGCCAUGGUCACUCACCAGCUACUAAAUCUAAUGACAGUAAAGCCGAUCGUUUGCUUGGUAGACAGUCCUCAAUUAUUUCGGUGUAUAUACCAUCAGCAUCAGGAUCUCGAUUUUUUAUACGUUACAAUGUCGGCGGCGCCGCAGAUCAAUGUCCAUGGUUCUACUUCAAAUUAUAUAUGAAUGGCCGGCACGUUACAUCUUGGGGAACAAAUACGAAGAACCGACCGAGCGGGCAAGUGAUGAGAGCAUUGUUCGAGCCAGGCGUAGAAUGGGAUUACAAGGAAGGUAAAACAACUUACAAAAAUCCCGGUACAGAAUACAGACCAUUCUUCUUCAGCCAGGAAGAUGGAGAUUGUGCUGCUGCGGAUGAUGGUGGUUUGAUCGAGAUCAAGGUCUUUCGCGCUCGCGGUCGCAAGAGAAGAAAUCCGCAGCUUGUGCAACACAAAGAUCAGUCAAAAUAUGGUGUUAUUAUGCCCACUCAUGGCCUUGUAGAGAAACCUCAAGAUGCGAGAUAUUACGAUUGGCAUUUGAAGGAUGCGAAAGACAAUCCAUUUGUAACAUUCAAAUUUCAUUAUAGAAGUUGGGAUCAUCUGGAAAAGUUGCAUCUUAUACCUCCUAACCAUCCUAGAAUUCUUGAAACCCAGGUCCCAGCUUUGGCUAGGCACCUAAUGGCCUCAAGUCAAAUUAUACCUCGACCGGACCAACCAACUGAAUCACCACAUACUCCAACAAAAUACUUGGGCAAAGUUUAUACUAGCGAUCAAGUACACGAUUCUCUCCGAGCUGCCUACCCUCCAUUCGACCUUAGCGACAGUCCUUGUGAUUAUGAUGAAAGACAACCUUGGAUGUCCCGAAUCUUGGACACGAAUCAACUAGAUUCGUUGUUAACGGUCAAGAAGGAUCAUAGAGAUGCAUUUAUUGUUUCUUCUAAUUCUACGACGGAGCCCGAUCCGUUCUAUAUAUCAUCAUCUGCUGGAGAGAAAGGUAUCGGGAGAAAAAUCAUGCCAAUUUCAAAAUUUUCAGCGCUAUCCAUUGAUGGUGCUGGAUCGGCAUCUUCACAUGAAUGGUUGGCUAGUGAGUACAAUACUAGACCGUUACCUGAUAUCCCAAGUCGAACUUCGUCAGCGGCUUCCCGGGCAUCAGCAACAUCUCGUGCACCAUCUGUUACUCCUUCUUUACUUUCUUAUAUUGACAGAGAUCAGCCAUCUCCCGAGCCAGUUAUUGGAACUGCAAUUGCAGUAUCCAUUGACUCGGAUGUUUCUGAGAUAUCUAUUGAGUACGAGAAUGAUAGUGAAGAAGACGAAUUUGAGGAGGAAUAUAAUUUUGAAGGUUUAUCAGCUUUGUCUCCACCGCCUUCUAGAACUGAUUCCAGGAGACAAGGAAUUAUCUCACCAUCAACAAUACAACCUUCUUUCUCCCUUCCAAAUGUCACGAUACGUAGGCAGCAGCAUUCAGUAGAUGAAAUCUCGUCAUUGAGAAUCCCCCCAAGAAAAGAUUCCAUCACUGGUAAAUCAUUCAUCAGCACAACAAGCGACGACAACACAGGCACACUUUCCCUCACCGAAUCAGAGUGGAUGCGACGUACACCCUCCCCCGUAAAAGAAUCAGAAUGGAUGCGACGUACUCCCUCUCCCGGCAAGGAAACUAUAAUUGAAAGGCUUUGGAGUCCAGCACCAGAAAAGAGAGAAAUUUUGAAGAAUAGAUUGCUAUCUUCGGAGAGAAUGGCGGAAAUGAUGGAGUUGAGUAUAACUGAAGAUGAUGAUGACUUACCGCAGCAGGAACAUGAAACUGAAGACAAUGCAUGGGAUGUAGAUAGGGGCUUAGAUGGCGGUGCAGUGGAAUUGGUGACUUUACGUCAUCAGCAUUAUCUGAGUGAACGAAGCGGAAGAGAGAAUGUUGGAGUGAAUUAUGAUGAUGGAAAUGUCUCUGGAGAAUAUGAAGUUAAUGCUAUGAAGAUGAGGGAGAAAAACGGAAGUGGGAGUUCACCGGAAAGUUUUGAGAACCGUAUGAGUAUGAGGGAUGGGAAUUGGAUUUAA